AUGAGUUUUGCUGGUGCUGCAAUGAUUGUUGGUGGUGUACGAACAACAGAAUGGCGUGGCUCAAUGAGAGAAGUACAUCGUGAUACAGACGAUGAAUUUGAUGCAUUGUUUUUUACAGAUCCAGCACAAUGUUUUUAUUUACAAGAUCCAAAUUAUCGAUGGCAAGGUUUAACAUAUUAUCGUAAUUUAAUACAAAUAUAUUCUACACUUUAUCAACAUGUUAUUUUAAUUGGAGCUAGUCUUGGCGGAAGUAUGGUAUGUAUGUGUGCCGAUUUAGCAACAGUAUCAAUUGCAUUUAAUCCAAUAUUAGAUCCAGUUUUACUUGGUUUACCUUGGCGUUUAAUGGGUGCUUUUUGUCCAGCUGGACAAGCAGAAGUUGUUCGAAAUCAAGUUCAUAGUACUAUGGAAAAUAUAAAUACUAAUAAAACUAGCCAAAAUUGUGUACUUCAUAUACAUUGGAGUCAAUUAUCAAAAGCUGAUCAAAGACAAGCUCAUAGAAUUAUUGGUGGUGGUAAACAUAAUAAACCUAAACAAACGGAAUGUUUAACAACAGUACUUGAUUUUGAUAUUAACGAUCCAAAUAUGAGUAGUAGAUCAGGUGUUCAUGUAUGGUUUCAUAGGCAUAAACGUCAUAUAUUAGCUAUGCAGUUAAGACGAAGUCAUGAAUUAAUACCAUUGUUAAAACGUCACUUAUCAGGCAUAUCAAUAGGUUUACAUACAGUUAGUUAUCAAUUAGAAGAAAAACAACGACAAGAUUCUAUUGUUAUCAAUAUUCCAUCAUAA